AUGAAAUUUUUAUAUUGCGAUUCAAAUGUAACUCCUGAGAUGAAAGAGAAAAUUAAAAAAUUAUUAUUUGAGAACUCAGAUAAAUUAAAUCACUAAAAUCCAGCACUCUUUUUAUAACAACUACUUAAUAAAAAUUUUGAAAAACUAUGGUAAAAUGAUUAUUAAGUAUUUUGAUUAGGUUUGUUUAUGUGGUUUAUAGUCCUAUGUAAUUGGAAUACUAAAUCAAAUCAAACACUUCAAUAUGUAAUUUUUAACUAGAUAUUUUGUAGUAAUUGAUAUAAUAAUUGAAAAAACUCGAUAUAUUUUGGCAUAAUUUGAGGAAGUCAGCUAAGGAACAUUCUCUAAAGAUAAAUUCAUUAAAACAUGUUAAAAAAUUGAAAAAUCUAUUCAAUCGGAAUAACAUGACCUUAAUUCAGCUCUACAUGAAUCAUUGAAAACUUUGGAAUUUGAUUUUGGAUCAAGUAGUCAUAUGAUUUUAAUCAAAUGUAAUGAAUAGGAAACAUAACUUUAAUUUAAUGGUCCUAAUUAGAAUCAAUAUAUCUUCAAAAUACCAAUAAGUGCCUAGGAAUCAAUUCAAGGAGGAAUAUUUUAUAUUCCUUUGGGUUUAGAAGAAGAUGAUGGUAUAUAGGGAUUUCCAUAAAGAAAUACCUCAGGAGAAGAGGAAUUCGACAAUAAUUAAAUAAUAGAUGAAAAUUAUAUUUAAGAUGAAUAUGAAGAACCAAUGGAUUUAUAAUUUUAAGUCAUGCUUGAUGCUAAAGAAUUCAAAUAAUCAACUGAUCAAGUCAAAAUAAGUUUUGAUGAACUUGAAAUUUAACCUUUGAAAGUGCAUUCAUUUUCUAUACUGUUUUAAAUUAUUAUAUCACCUUUUCCUAAAGAAAUAAGUAUUUAAAUUCAUUAUUUAAUUUUAGAGGAUGAUCUAAAUGUAUUGUCAACUGGUAGUUCUUUAAUGUCUAAAAAUAUGACAUUUGGUAUAAACAGAGAUCAACUUUUCUUUUUUAAUUUUCAACUCAUGACAGGUAAAAUGGAAACUCUCUAUUCUCAAAUGAAAAUCAAAAGAAAUAUGAAAUAUUAAGUAGCUCUUGUUUAUUCUGAAACAGAAACAUACAAGUAAAAUUAAUAAUUCUAUUAAUCUAUUUAGAGAAGUUUCUAUGUAUAUUAAUGGAGCUAUUGAAAAUCAAAUUAAUUUAUCAUAAUAGUUAGAACCUCCAAGAGGAUAUUUUUGGGUAGGAUCUGAAUAAGCUCUAAAAUUAUUCAAAGGAACUCUAUAAGAUAUAGUUUUUAUAGCUUAAUCCUUACAUUAAAAGCAUAUAAAAUCAAUUUAUGCUGAACUUUAAAGUGCAUUAUCCCAUAAAUUUUAAAGAAGAACUAUGGAAAUUGUAGAAGAAAUAUUGUAACAAUUUAAAGAAGAAAUUCCUAUUGAUUAAGAUGAAUCCAAAUAUAAUCAAACUUAAACUUAAAGUUUAUUGAAAUAAUAAUCAAAAACUCUUACAAAGACAAGUAAUAAGAAAUUAUAGAUACCCCCACAUCUCUAAAAGAGUUAUCAUGUAUUUGAAGAAAUUGAUAAAAAGAAAAUUCAAUAACAGGAAUAACCAAAUUAAAAAACAAUUUAAGAUUUUGCAAGUAUAUCAUUUAUAUUAAUUUUUAAGAUAGAUUAUACUAACUUUUUUAAUAAAAUGAAAUAUUAUAUCAUAAAUGUCAUGAAUUAAGUUUGAUCUUCUAUUGGGUUUUUACUACUGUAUAAUAAUUAGCACCACCAUUAGAAGAAAAUGCAAGUCCAAAACUUCCAUUUGAUUAUAUUCAUUAAGAAUUAUUUAGAGAGAGGUAAUUAAUAUAAAUAUAAAUUAUAUUAGAUUUGAAACAUAUCCUUAUUAUGCUAUUGAAUUUGAUAGGUUUUGUAAAGUUGUAUAACAUAGUGGAAUUUAAUUAUCAAAUGAUGAUAUUUAUUAAUUAGCAGAAAUUACUGAUUCUUUAAGGGAAAAUAAAAAAUUUGGUUAUUAUUUAAUUUAUGAUCGAUUACUAUUAUCUAUAAGAUAGGCUGCAUUGACUUAAGAAGAAAUAGAAGAAGUAAAGAGUUAAUAUAAUACAGAUGAAAAAGAAGCAGAUUAAGAUUUAAUUAUUUAUGCAGAUGGGAUAUAAAGAUUUAAACAUCAACCUUUAAAAUAUAGUUUCAGUUUCUUUGAAUAACUUAGAACAUUAGUAGGAUCAGAAAAUGAAGCAUUCAAAUACAAUAUUAAAUAUCUUUUGGCUUAUUUUGUAAAUAAUGAUGAAUUUGUGUAAAAAUUAACAGCUGUUUAUGUUCAUAAAGAAUUAGGAUAGGAAGUAGAAAUAGAAGGAAUUGAUUUUUUUUCUUAUGAUCAAGAUAAAAUUUUUCAAUAGAAAUUAGAUAUUUCUGAAGAAUCUUAACCUAAGUACUUCAGAGUUCAUUAUAAUGGUGAAAAUAUGGCUAUGAUAUCAUUUAAAACACAUGAAGCUGAAGAGACUUUUAGAAUUGAUAAAACAUUUUCAUAUAGAGAAGGAUAAGAUGCAACUGGUUACUUAGAGACUUAUGCUUUUGAAUAAUUAAGAUUGGCAGGAUUAAGAGGUUUAAUAGUAAAGAAAGAUGAGCAUUCUCAAAUAAUCAGGUUAGAAGCAGAAUAUUUAAAAAAAAAUCCAGAAGUAGAAGAACUAAAAAGAAAGUAACCAGAAACAUUGCCAUUAUUACCAGAAAAUUGGAAUCAAGGGAAAUUCUAACUUAUCAUAAAUAGAUGUUCUGAUUGUGAAAAACAUAAGACUACUACAUGGCAUAAUGAAGCUGAUUUUGCCCUUAAAUUUAAUGAAAUUGGAUAAAUAUUAAAAGAUUUAUUUCCAAAUAUAGAAGUAAUAGGAAAUUGGGAUAAAACAUAAUAAUUAGAGCAUUUUGAUGUUUAUAUAAGAGGAGUAGGUUAAUAAGGUUAAAUGGAUAAAGAAGGUAGAGUGUAUUUGUUUAGAAAAAAUGAAAAAUUAAAUAAGUUCUUGGAUUGUUUCUUGAAGAGAAUGUUAAAAGUAUAUGAUGAUAUAGUAUUAUUGGCUUAAGCCUAUGGAGAUACAAAUUAUAUGGCAACUAAAUAAGAAUAAUUCUUAAAAACUAACAAUUAUUCUUAAAGAUCUAAGAUAUCUCAUGAUCAUCCAUGCAAUGUACCUGAUAAAUAAGAGAAAUCAGAAAAAGGAGAAGCUUAAUUAGCUGGUAUGGAUUACAUUUGUAAAAAUUGGGGUUGUGGAUAAUCAUAUAAAUAUGAUUCAACUCCUAAUGGAAUUAAAACAUGUAAACAUCAUCCUGGAAGAUAUGAAUUUGGAUCUAAACAUGGAUUAUGGCCAGAAUGUUGGACAUGUUGUGGUAAAAAAUGGGAAGCUGAAGGCUGUAAAUUAGAAUAUCACAAAGGUGUUCCUGAAAAAGAUUAUUAUAAUAUUUGUAUCAAUGUAGGUCCCAAAGAUCCAAGAACUGGUUAUCCUGAAGGUACUUGUGGAAUGAGAUUCUAAGAUGGUGACUCUUCAGAAUGUAAAUAUAAUUCAGGAACUCAUCAAGCUGCUAAAUGGCCUGAUCCUGCUGCUAAAAUUUAUUUUGUUUAAAAAUUACAUAUUGUAUUUAUUAUAUUUAAUUAUUAGAAUCCUGCUUAAAAAGAAAAGGAUGCAUAACCAAAUAAAAACAUUCAAGUUAGACCAGAUGUAUAUAGACCAACUAUACCUUAUAAUGAAUUUAUUAAUAAGGAUAGAUAGAAAUUAAUGAAACUAAUUGAAACAGAGAAAGAAUUAAGAACAUGUACAAAUUGGUCAUGUGGAAAACAAUAUAGAGAGAUUGAAAAUAGAAAAAAGAAUAUGUGUAGAUCUCAUCCAGGAGUAUUUGAUUUUGGACAUACUGCUACUAAAAUAUAAGAGGCUAUUGAAGAAUAUAAAUAAGAAAAAGGAUCAAAAAUAUUAUGGAAACCUCAGUAAAUAAGAUUUUUAUGUUAAAUAGUUGGACUUGUUGUCGUAAAUCUUGGAAUGAACCAGGAUGUCUAUUAACAAAACAUUCAGGACCUUUAGUUGUUGACUAUAAACCAAAUAAAUAUUAAUGGCCAGAUCCAAAAGCAUAAAUAUAUUUUAAAAAGAAAGUAUCAGAAAAUUGGAAAAAAAUGCUUGAAUAAAGUCAUAGUCUGACACCUGAAACAGCUAGUUUGAAAUAUGAUCUUUUAUGUAAGACUUUAGGAUCUGGAGGAGUAAAUAUAUUUAAUAUUCUUUUAGUAAAUUUCUGUUUAUAAAUUACCUGAAUUAUGUGAUAAAUUCGAACUUAAUUUAUGGGUUUGUAGUGAAGACUUAGCAUUUUAAUUUAAAUUUACAGAUAUUAUGGAAGGUAGGGCUUAAGAAUAUUUGGCUGAUACAAGUGGAAAUAUUGAUAAACAUAAAUUCUUAGAUUGGUGGUUUGCAGAUGUCAAUAGAAUGUUAGAAAUUUCAUCAAAAUGA